UUUAUUCAUGAACGGUCAUUGCGAUUUUGUUAUCAUCGAAUUUGAACUCGUGAGAAUUUGAAUUCAACAAAAUAAACAAUGUUUGUUAAACGACCAAACGUUUGUGAAAACGAAGAUGAUCUUCUUCGUCAACAGAAUAAAUCUAGCUCAAAACCAAAGAUCGAAACAAACAAGACAGAAUCUGUCGAUCAAAAUGAUGACGAGAAGAAAAAUCUGAAAGAUAAUCAUGAUAUUGUUGAGCUAGAAUUUAAAAUUAUCGAAAGAAAUUAUGAUCCAACUUCGAUUGAUAAACAUAUUGAUGAUGAAGCUAAUCAUAGUGGAUUUCCUGAGGCUCCUUGUCUGUUUCUUGACAAUAAAUCCUUUGUUGAUUCAUCUGUAAAAUCUUCUCGUACAUUAAGUUUAUAUGCUCAAAGAUGUUCGAAACAGGUGCAUAAAUCAACAUAUGAGAAUAAAGAUGAGAACUCGUCUGGACCAGAUUCGAUAGUCACUGGGAUUGGUCUUGGUUCAAAAAAUUGGCAAAAAGAUAUUUCAGAAAUUAAACGAGAAAAUCAAAAACUGCUGGAUGAUAUGAGCUCGGAUGAUAUUGAAAAGCUUCGAAACGAAAUAAUGAAAAAAUUGAGUUCAAAAACUGUAGAAUUUUUAAAAAGUAAAAAAUUUUCAUAUCGAUCAAGUUUACCAAAGACUGCCGAACCCAUCAUUGAAGCAAAAACCAACGAUAAUGAAGAAGCGAUAAAGACUGUCGAAGACAUUGCUGAAAAAAUUCCUAUCAAAAUGGCAGAAAUUAAAGCCGGUAAAUAUAUACACAUGGAUGUAAUUGAAAAAGAAAAACUUGAAUGGAUUGGCGAUCUACAUUCAGGUGAGAAUAGCCAAGAACAUAAUCAAAAAUCGAAAAAUCCCGAUUCCUUUGCUGCACGGUUCGAUUUUGAAGGCAUUCUUCUUACCGAUGGACAUGAAGAAGAAAGUGAUACCAUACAUCAAGGCCUUCAUCAUCAUGGCGAUGAACCUGAACGUCCGGGCUAUACAAUCAACGAAUUGUUCACCUACUUGCAAAGUUCAUUUUCUUCACAGAAACAAAUUGGAUUAAAAGUAUUCGAAAAAAUCGUUACAAAAGCCUAUCAAGGUUUUUAUGAUUCCUGUUUCAAUAUGAACCUGGUCGAAUAUUUAUUAAAAGAAUCUCCACUCGUUUUAAUCGUUCGAACAUGUUUGGAUGAAACGGCCGAUACUGUAUGGAAAUCAGCCAUACAAACCCUUAAAGCAUUGAUAUGUAAUACCAUCUAUGAUGAAGUAUUUCUUGAUCGUGGUUAUAUAAUAUUCGAAGAUUUUCUUCAUCAUGGCCAUCAAAUUGACUUGAAUCUGAAACCAACUAAUGUAGAAAUCCAUGAAAAUGAUGAUGAGUCAUUUUCCGAUAAACAAUAUCUUUUCUAUGAUAUUAUCGGCUGUCUAUUGAAUCGAACAUCCAUAUUACAACGGUUUGCCUAUUUGCUCAAUAAUCAACUGACUAAUGAAUCAUCAGAUGGACCAUUUCGAGAAGAUAUUUUUGACAUAUUGAUUCGAUUUGCACGACAUUCACCUGAAUCUUCGGAGAAAAUUAUUCACUGUUUUGAUUUAAUUGAUGCUAUUGCAAUGAAUUUGAAUCUUCAUAGGCAACAAUCAUUGUCUGAGAUUAAUGGUGCGAAUGUCAAAAUUUUCAAAUUAUUUCGUUGUUGCAUUACAUCUAUCCAAAAUAAAUUGCCCAUCACUUUACGACGAUUGUUUGAUGUAUUGGAUAGAAUAGCGGUUAUUGAUUCGAUAAAUUUCUUUUUUCUUUUAGUUCCAGAAGAUUUUGUAGCUGGCGAUGUUAAUAAUUUUCAAAAAGUUGUACCGAUUGUCAGCAUUGAAGCUUUAAGAUUGUGGAUCAAAUUAUUAUCUUUUUGUGAACAGAAUCAAGAACAUAAACUAAUGAAAAUGGUGAAGCAAAAUUUUUUUGAAAUGUGUCCAUUUUUAUUGAAAACAUUGGGCUAUUGUCGACGAUUGACACCAACAGAACCAUCAUCAUUAGAUUCGGCUAUGAAAACAUUCGAUUUUAAAUUUGCAUCAUCUUUAAUUCUAUUGAUUAAGAUGUAUCAUGAACUACUGGAUUGUCCAGAUGAUUAUGCUAAUCAAUAUUGUUUCGAUCUGUAUGAUAUUGCAAUGAAAUGGUUCAUCGUCAUCCAUAAUGAAACAAUCGUUCCUGGUUUCGAUUGUAGCCUCUGCAUAUUGGUUCUCGUUGAGUUCAUCAUCAAACAUUUAAAACUCGAUAAUCAAUUCAUCAAAUUAACAUUGGAAAAAUUGCUAGGCAAUAAUCAUCGAUUUGUUUCGAAAUUGAUCAAUUCUUGUCAAAAAAAUUCAAAUACAACAAAACGAGAAAUCUGUGGUCAUGUUCGCGAUUCACCAAAUCUACCAUCAUAUGGUUCAAUCUAUCUAAAAGGAUUUGAUAGCGUGCCUUUAUUUCGCCAUGAUUCGGCUAUCUGUUUAUUGCAAAGUUUAAUUCGAAUUGCAUGGACAGCUGAUGUAAAUAUCUUGCGAAAAUUUCCGGUAAAAACAUUUGGUUAUUUGUUCGAUUACAUUGAUCUUGUUACGGCCAAUAUUGAUGGAACAUUUUCAUCUAAUAUUUUCGAUCUAAUCGAAAUCAAUAUUGUGGCACAGGCAUGUCUUGUUACAGGCGAAGCUAUCCGUUCAAUUGAUUGUGAUCUCAAUGAUAAUGACCGAAAAUUCUCCAGAUCCAUAUUGAAUUUUGCUCUCAUGAUAAACGUUAUGAAUAAUAAUCAAAUCAAACAAGAAUUAUUGCAGAAAUGUCUAUUCAAUCAAUCAUUUUAUUAUGAUGCUGAUAAUUUAGAUUUUAAAAUGAUAAGAAAAACUUAUGAAAAUUAUUCUCAAUUCGAUCAUCGUUAUUGGCUUUUCGAUCCAUUAUUGACACAAGUGAAAAUCAUUUUCAAUAAAAAAAAUCAAAAUAAUGAGGAAAAAUCCAAAAUAGAAUUGGAAGAAUUAAUAUCUCAUUUAUUGUUUAUUGAACAUCUUGAACACAAUUUCAAUGAACAUUUUCGCAAAAAAAUUCAUGUCACCAAAACGUUAAUGUUUGAAAUUCUUUGCACAACAUUUUUGAUCAAUGAAGAUUAUUUUUUUGACAAUCAAAUUGAUCAAAUAUUACGGCGAUUUUUCGUUCGAUUUAUUGAAUCCGAUUCACCAGUUCAAUGUUCGAAUGAAGAUAGCUUACCUUCCGGAAUGGGUACCAUAAUCGAUUUGUUCAAUAUGUUUGCCGAUCAAUUUGUUAAUUCAUCAUACUAUAAUCAAAUAUUUUGCAAUUAUCUUUUUGUUUAUUUUAAACCAAAUUGCUCAAAUUAUUUCCGUUGUCAUUUUUUAUCAGAAUAUUCAUUUUCGGUUAAAAUGUCUUAUUUUAAAUUCGAUGAGUUGCUGAUGCCUAUUCAAUUAUUAUUGAAUCCAAUUGAAACCAAUCUGGAAACAUUGGAAGUUUAUCUCAAAACAUUAUUAUCCGAAAGUUUUCAAUCGCCUGAACAAUCGGUUUUAUACUGUUUUCUUAUCCAUCAUUUGUAUCGAGCUUUAUUGGCAGAUGAUUCUCCUUUGAAGCUUAAAUUUUCUAAAAACAAUUACGUUGACGAUGAACAUCUCAAAACUCAAAUGCAAAAAUAUCAUAAACUAAUACGAUCAAUCGAAAUGUCAACAAAUGACAAAUUGAAAACACAUUUGUAUAACUGUUCAAAUCGAACAUUUCCCAGGAGGGUGUAAAAUGGUUUUUGAAAAAUACAAAAAACGGAUUGUAUGAAUGACUCCAACUUUUUGCAAUGUGCUCUUUAAUCAAAUGAAAUUUCAUGAAUACAUCAUCAAAUAUAUUCAAAUUCACAACCGAAAAAAUGAUUUUAGCUGGCUAUGAUCGGCCACUUGGAAUCACUAUUUUGUUCAUUACAUCAUCCAUAUUGAUCUAUUAUAGUCUAUGGAUC